AUGGGCCACACCCGCUUCUGGCUGGGACUCUCCAACCAGAAAUGCGACGACGUCUGGUGUGGCUUUGUAGCCGGAAGCCAGGAGCUGAUCUGGUCUGAUGGCGAGACAACGACACACACCAACUGGGCCUUAGACCAAUUUAAAAGCGCCGACGUCGCGUCCUGCGCCUACGUCAACCAAGGAGUUCAGUUGUCGCCUGGGAAGUGGAGGUCUGGCUCCUGCGCCUCCUCGUUGGCCUACAUGUGCAAACGGCCGCAGAGCUGCCCGGAGGGACGGACGUGUACCUCCAAUAGUGUUACUGCUGUAAUGAAGACUUCCGACUGCGACGAUGGCAACUUCCUUUAUGGCGAUGAUUGCUAUCUUUUUGACGCGACGCGUAGAAAUUGGGAGGAUGGCGAGAAGUUUUGUCUCGCCCGGCGAGGCCACCUGGCUAGCAUACACUCUAGGCAAGAUGCCCGAUUCAUUAUUGAUCACUCAUAUUACUAUAAUACUUGGAUGGGAGAAAAGAAGAAGGGCAAGAACUACGAGUGGACUGACGGAACAGCUUCUGACUACGGAAAAGUUGACUACGCCUCCAGUGGUGACUGUUCUUUUUUGAAUACCGACGAAAAGCUGUACAGAAACUUUCGUUGCUCCUACGCAUUCCCACCGGUCUGCAAAACAGCCAAGCGCGGAGGGCCUCCACAGCUGCCACCAUUAGUCGGCCAGCCGGACUGGACUGAGAAAUGCGGCUGGUGGCUGGACAACUCAGAGAGCGACUUCUGCUACCUGAUGAUCCGCCAGCCCACUAAGACCUGGGAGAAGGCGCAAGACGACUGCCAACGCCUCCAAGGGAACCUGCUCAGCAUCACCGACCGCGAGGAGCAGACCUUCGUACGCGGUUACAUCAAGGCUCUGAUGAAAGCAUCCUCUCUGUGGUUGGGCGCCAAUGUCACCAUCAGUGACGAAGGCAGCACGUGGGCUGACGGAGCCGCGUUCACUUACGUCCACUCGACUUCAGGUACCGCCGAUGGAAAUUGUCUUUCCUUCCUCACUGGCAACGGCAACUGGGAGUACGACUCGUGCAACAAGAAGAAGAGAGGUUACGUCUGCAAGAAAAGAGGAAAUGGUAAUAAAGCCUACGCCGGUUCCUGA